GUCCCAGAAUCCCGCCGGGCCUGCAGUGCGCAGAGGACGCGGUCGCGGCAUGUACCGGCUCCUGAUCCCGAGUCUGGGCCGAGUCCUUCUGCGGGCCGGGGGGCGGCAGUGCCGGGUCUGUUCGGCGCGCUUGCCACUGGGGCCAGCAGGACGCCGGGCGCCCGAGGUGGAGGUGCCGCCAUCCCGAGUCGCGCCGCACGGCGGGGGCUCGGGCCUGCUGCCGCUGCUGGCAGCCCUUGCGUGGUUCUCGAGGCCCGCUGCUGCAGAUGAGGAGGAGCAGGAGCGGCAUGGAGCAGGCGGGGCCGCCGCCGAGGAUGCAGCGGAUGAGACCGAGGCCGAAAUCAUCCAGCUGCUGAAGCGAGCCAAGUUGAGCAUCAUGAAAGAUGAGCCAGAAGAAGCUGAGCUAAUUUUGCAUGACGCUCUUCGUCUUGCCUAUCAGAGUGACAACAAGAAGGCCAUCACUUAUACUUACGAUUUGAUGGCCAACUUAGCACUUACACGGGGUCAGCUUGAAAAUGCGGAAAAACUUCUUAAAGCAACAAUGAGUUACCUGCUUGGAGGGGGCAUGCAACAGGAGGAUAAUGCAAUAAUUGAAAUCUCUCUAAAGUUGGCCAGUAUCUAUGCUGCACAGAAUAGACAGGAAUUUGCUCUUGCUGGCUAUGAAUUCUGCAUUUCAACUCUAGAGGAAAAAAUUGAAAGAGAAAAGGAGUUAGCAGAAGACAUUUUGUCAGUGGAAGAGAAAGCCAAUACCCACCUCCUUCUUGGCAUGUGCUUAGAUGCCUACGCUCGCUACCUUUUGUUCUCCAAGCAGCCAUCACAGGCACAAAGGAUGUGUGAAAAAGCUUUGCAUAUUUCUGAAGAAAUAUUAGGAGAAAGACACCCACAGACCAUUGUGCUGAUGAGUGACCUGGCUACCACCCUGGAUGCACAAGGCCGCUUUGAUGAGGCUUGUGUUUAUGUGCAAAGGGCGUCAGAUCUGGCGAGACAAAUAGAACAUCCUGAGCUCCACAUGCUGCUCAGCAAUCUGGCUGCAAUUCUGAUGCACAAAGAACGAUAUGCACAAGCAAAAGAAAUCUACCAGGAAGCACUGAAGCAAGCAGAGCUGAAAAGAGAUGAGGUUUCUAUACAGCACAUCAGGGAAGAACUGACUGAGCUGUCCAGAAAAAGUAGACCUUUGACUUAAUUCUAUCAAGCUCUAAAUCACUUUUGUUGUAGGGACUUUCCAGUAACAGCUUAUUAUUCCAGUCUUAGUGGCACCCAAAUCAAUGUUUAAUCCCCUUUGUCCUUAGAAUUCAAGUUUCCUCAAUUUAUCCUCAGUGAAGGACAAGUUGUAUACACUUCCACUUUUGUUUUUUAAAGGAAAAACAACUUUCAUCCCCGACUGCUUUUCCCUUCUAAGGAUGGAUGUCAGGUGAAGUAGCAUAUGGUUAGGUGCUGUCUAUGCUGGUUUAACUAUAGAUUAAGGUGGGAUGGUUUUCCUCAGGUGGACGUGUGGUAAUUCACACAGGCACCUUUACCAGAAGUUUCUGGUCCAUUGAUUUGCUGCCCUUUUUUCUCUGAUCAAUAUCUGGCAGACCAAAGCUACCUGUCAUGGCAAAGGGGGAUUAUGGUGAGUUAUUUUUCUUAUAAUCUAUUUCAUGAAGCCCAGUGUGGGAUUUAAUCCAUAGAGGAGGAAAAGUAAUAUCAUCUUGGUUUGCCACCAGCAUCCAGCAUGAAGUUUUAAAGUAGGAUUAGGCACUUGAAAAGUAUAGCCUCUAUUUGAUCAUAAAUGAAAGUGAACUGUAUGUUUUUGUAUGUAUCUAGCUAUAUACACAACUAUGAAAAAAAUGGGGAAGGGGUAUCAUAUAAUCUCAUCAAUGCUCUCUGAGCACUCCAUUUCCUUUGCAACCUCCGUCACAAACACUCAUUUAGGAGCUCUUUAAAGAUACAUGCCCAGGCUGCACCCCAAACCUUUUGAUUCAGGGUAGGGCCCUACAAGUGUAGUAUUUAAAGCCUCCCCAGUAAUUCUGUUAUGCACCACAGGUACAGUAGAACUGUCAUUGCCCUGGAUCCUAGUCUUGGCUUUUUGAAUUUGGGUCUCAGUAUCCUCAUCUGUAAUGUAGGGAACAAAUGAGAUUCUUUCUUGGCUGUGGAAGAAGGUAUGAAUAGACCGCUAUGUUGAAAGAGCUUUAUUUUAUUCUGCUUCGAAGUCUAGAAAGUGUAUACAGAUGCUCCUCGACUUAUGAUGGGGUUAUAUCCUGAUAAACCCAUCAUAUGUUUAAAAUACCAUCAAUCAAAAAUGCAUUUUAGGGCCGGCCAAGUGGCUCAAUUGGUUAAGAGCUUGCUCAAGAGUGUGAGCUCUGAGCAACAGCGGCUCAAGUC